AUGAAGUGCUGCUCUGAUAUAACGUACAUAGUCCUUGUCUUGGGUCCUUCUCUCACUAAUCCUCAUGAUAUAAAGAACAGAUUCCAUGUCUUGGGUCCUUCUCUCACUAAUCCUCCUGAUAUAACGAACAGAUUCCAUGUCUUGGGUCCUUCUCUCACUAAUCCUCCUGAUAUAACGAACAGAUUCCAUGUCUUGGGUCCUUCUCUCACUAAUCCUCCUGAUAUAACGAACAGAUUCCAUGAAUUGGGUCUUUCUCUCACUAAUCCUCCUGAUAUAACGAACAGAUUCCAUGUCUUGGGUCCUUCUCUCACUAAUCCUCCUGAUAUAACGAACAGAUUCCAUGUCUUGGGUCAUUCUCUCACUAAUCCUCCUGAUAUAACGAACAGAUUCCAUGUCUUGGAUCCUUCUCUCACUAAUCCUCAUGAUAUAAAGAACAGAUUCUAUGUCUUGGGUCCUUCUCUCACUAAUCCUCCUGAUAUAACGAACAGAUUCUAUGUCUUGGGUCCUUCUCUCACUAAUCCUUCUGAUAUAACGAACAGAUUCCCUGUCUUGGAUCCUUCUCUCACUAAUCCUCAUGAUAUAAAGAACAGAUUCUAUGUCUUGGGUCCUUCUCUCACUAAUCCUCCUGAUAUAACGAACAGAUUCCAUGUCUUGGAUCCUUCUCUCACUAAUCCUCCUGAUAUAACGAACAGAUUCCAUGUCUUGGGUCCUUCUCUCACUAAUCCUCCUGAUAUAACGAACAGAUUCCAUGUCUUGGGUCCUUCUCUCACUAAUCCUCCUGAUAUAACGAACAUAUUCCAUGUCUUGGGUCCUUCUCUCUGA